AUGCCACGAGUCGAGCUGACAGAGGAAGAAAAACAGAACAUCCAAAACAAGGAUCUCCUCUUUAAGAGGUUUGUUGAGCCAGGAAGGCUGUGCCUCAUCGAAUAUGGCCCCUAUGCGGGAAAGCUCUGCUUCAUCGUGGAUAUCGUGACGCUGACCCGAGUCAUCGUCGAUGGAGCCUUCAUCACAGGCGUGCCCCGAAUGGUCAUACCCCUGAAGAGGCUGAAACUAUUAAAGGAAAGAAUAAAAAUCAACAAAAAUUGCAAAACGGGAUUCCUCCACAAGACUAUAAAGAGCACCAACAUCAUAGGAGAGUUUAAAAAAUCCAACUUAGGAAAAAAAUUGGCUAUUAAAAAGAAGAGAGACUUGGCAACCGACUAUGAACGCUUCCAGAUAUAUCAUGCCAAGAGAGAAUUGAAAAAGAAGAUGAAUGUUCUUAAGAGUAAGAAGGACAGUAGCAAUAAGGGAGACAACAAGAAGAAGGCCAAGAAGGUUAAGAAGGCCAUGAAGAACUAA